AUGGCUUUACCAGCGAGACCUCAUCUGUCAAUACGUGUCCUAAGCUUCGUCAUUGCCUGCGCUCUCUUAGCUUUGAUAUCGUUCAAUGCUGGUAGCGAAGGACGCUUGCGUAAGACCUAUAGUUCUGUUUCUAAGCAAGCAAAGCAGUCUGCUGCCUCUGCUGCAUCAACCUUGGCUGGCCACGCACAACCACAUGUCGAUGCGAAACCACACAAACUCGGGACUUUCCCUACAAACAUUUCCGACGAACAACCAAGUGUCGAUGCCCAACCCCAAAAAUUCACGACGCCCCCCUACAAAUACAUCCGAAGAACAACCAGAUGUUAA